AUGGAGGGUGUUCGCCAAAAAUGCCGGCCAAAACACCAGGUCCUAGUGCUGAAAUGCUAUCCCCAAUACCAAAAAGGUGUUCAGGCUGUCAAGCCCAACUCCAGUGAAUUGUCUUACAUGCUCUACUAUGUGAGCACGCGCCGCAGCAAGUUGACCAAGGUGGGCGCUUUCCUGGAGAAAAGGGCGGCGCGAGAUGUGUGGCGCCGGAAAUUAGGAAAUGUACAGGUCACACUUCAGAUCCUCAGCGCCCUCAUCGAGAAGCUCCCCCGCGAUUUGCCGAUCUAUGCUCGUUCCGUCAUGACCGUGAUCGAGACUGUCCUUCGUUCCCGUGAUAUCUCGAUGGUGGAGGAUUCGAUCGCCACCUUUGAGACGUUCUGCCGACACCAGGAUAUGGCCGCCUUGUCUGCCGAACAAGACUUUGCGAAACAAUACCGGGAGGUCGUGCGCACAUACGCCAGCUUUGCGGAUGUAGACCCAGUGACCCAGUCGAAGGCGUUUACCAGCCCUCCGUCGGCGAUUCGAUGGAGGAAUGCCGGAUUGCGAGCGAUCAAGGCGGUGGUGGGUUCUGAGGCGGGCCUAUCAGAUGGAGGCGAUUCGCUGAGGAUAGUCCUCCCCGUCAUCCUGGAGAACCUCUAUAACGGGGAUGAGAAUCUGCUGGCUACUAUGGAAUCGCAGCUCCACGAGUCUGAAAGCGCCGACCACGCCCUUCUCCGAAUGCGACGGAUGAGCACCAACACCGUGCAGACGGUUGACACGGCAGAAGGAGAUCCCGCGUUGGCGUCGCAGACCCCAGCCGACAUGGAUCGAAAGGCUGAGAUGGAUGUGAGGUUGCUUGCGCUUCGCUGCCUGGAGAGGAUAGUGGUCACCGGCAGCAGCCGUGGCCAGAUCCGUGUCACCACGAGAGUUGUCCUGGACUUCAUCUUGCGCAAGGGACGGAUCAACAGCCAUCUGCUGUCGCUGGAUACCGAGGAUAACUGGGCGACGGCUUUGGUUGAACUGGUUGCGAAAUGGUGUCCUGUGCAGGUCCGAUUCAUCAUCUUGGUCGCCGCUAUGGACUUCCUGCAGGACAUCAAACCGACGGAAGAGUCACUGAACGAGUCCUACACUAUAAUAUAUAUGAUCGAUCGGCUGUUGAAGUCCCCAGUCAACAUGAUCGGCCUUAGUGUUAUCGAUGUGCUGCUGGGCCUCAUGCGUUACAUGUCGUUGUUGCUAUCAGCCCCCCAAGGAGAGAAGGCAACAAACGGCUCGGUCGAGAAACAAAACGGCUACCAUGAACACACCGAGCUUACGGACAAGCGAAAAGGGCUGUUGUCGCUCCUGCAGAGCUGCAUCGGGGACCUUACGACUCAUGUUUACUAUGGUGAUCAGGUUGUGGAUAUGGUCAGGGCGAUCCUGACUCGUAUCAAGCCCUCCCCGGUGAAUGAACAAUCUACAACCGCGGGAUCUGCCCAGGUAGAGAGCCUUGCGAGUUCAACGGGCCUGUCUGGAGAAAGCAGCCAGAUCGCCUUCUCCUUGCCGAGCGCAAAAAUCACCGCCCUCAAAGCAAUCAAAAACAUCCUCCUGGUAGCCAAUUCUAAUCGGCAGACGGCAGUUGCUGGUGUCGAAUCUCGGCAUCAGGUUGGAAUCCAUGUAUGGGAAGGAACCGAGUUCCUUUUGCGCGAACCAGACCGAAGUGUUCGUUAUGCCUAUGCAGACGCCUUCCUCAUCUGGUUGAAACUGGAGACUACCAAGGAUGAUCUCAAAGUCAGGCAAAUGCCUACCCGGGGUACAAGCCAACCCCCUGGACGCGAGUUGCCUGACAUCGCGGAAAAGCCAGGAAAGCGAAGCACUGGCCCUACUUGGAGCCAGCGAGAGCGAGCUAUGAUGAUCGCGCAGUCUAAUUUCUUGCGCCUUCUGCAUUUGACGGUCUAUGAUAUUGCGCUCGAUUGCCCCGCCGAUGAGUCCGUCACUACGUUACUCCAUUUGUUGCUCGCAAGCCUGAUUGACCAUCUUGGGGUCAACGCGGCCAGGUUCGGACUCCCCAUGAUCAUGAAGCUGCAGGAGGAUAUCAAUACGGUAGAUAAUCUGGAUAGCUGUGCCAAGGUGAACAUUGGAAGUCUGGUCUACGGCUACCUGUGGGCUUUGUCGGAGAAGUUUAAGCUCGACCACUACCGCGUGGGCAGCGUCAUCCAGAGUGAGAUCGAAAAGAGACACAGGUCCAGCCUUUGGGUCCAGGAGAUCCAAGUCCCCUCUCUCAGCCUCGAUUACAUCACUCAAUCUGAGAAGUCUCGAGGCAGCCCUGACACUGUGAAGGACACUAGCUAUCUGACCCCGUUCACUGAUAUUGGCGACCUUGUCGCUCGGGUUGAAGGGGCGUACAACAGUUCUGCCGUUUCCGCGGCCCACAGUCCCCCUGGGUCCCCAGGGCGGGGAUUCUCGAACCCCGUGCUGGGACAUGUUUCACCUGCGUCACACGCUUCGAAGGGUGGUCUCCCGUCUUCAGUCAAAGAGCAGAUGCUGUCUUCAUGGUCAAGGGAGAGUUGCUUGGCCGAUGCGGAGAAAGAGAAGACCGAGGCCAUGUCUCUUAGCGGCUCGAAGAAUGGGGCCAUGGGUGCGCGCAACUACAUCUAUCAGAACGGCAACGGGGACAGCUCUCCCUCGACCUAUUCACGCGUGUCUGUACAUCAGGCAGCCGGAGUCGCAGGAGGCCUGCAAGACGGUCGACGGACGAGUGCCCCGAACUCGUUUGUUUCUCAGGUCAAUGGCUCUCGAGACUCUCCCGUGCACGUGACCGAACUGCGGCGUGUGUUGUCUGUCAAUCACGACGGCAAGAACCGGCGCUCGAGUCCCCUGCGCGGCCGUCUUGACGCCGCCAGCAGAAGCAUUGUUUCUUCCAGCAGUGAGAGCAUGGUAAGCGGCUAUUCCUUGUCGGAGAUGGACGGCGAUGGAGGGUCGAUCCAGCCUCAGCAGACCAGAGACGGCGCAGACGGAGAUGGCACUCAAACGCCCAAAGCAGUGGAGUACAGUGCAGAGACGGGCAGGCUUCACCAGUAUGGCUCCCGGGUCUCCCCAGUUGCCCUUCAUCAAUGGGACUUCACAGGGCAAGUCCCUCAACCGGAACAAGAGCCGGUCCAGCACGGGUUUAUCCGCCGCUGCGGGCAUGAACGGAACUGGUGA